AUGCCUAGAAAGGGAUCGCAGAAAGUUAGGACAGGAUGUUUUACAUGCAAGAUACGAAAGGUCAAAUGCGAUGAAGCCAAGCCUCAUUGUCUGAAGUGCACCAGUACUCGAAGGUAUUGCGACGGCUAUCCACCCGAGGCGUACCGGGCUUGCUCUUGGGAAAAGCUUCUAGGUUCAAGUGCCAUUAUACCUACUCCGAGAAUUGGUCGCAGCAAUCGGGAUGGUAGAGCCUUUGAGUUUUUUCUACAUGUGGCUGCUCCGAGCCUAUCGAGUUACCCUGAUAAGGAAUUCUGGACACGCCUCGUCCCUAUGGUUUGCCAGCAAGAGCCCGCUGUUCGUCAUGCAGUGAUCGCUAUCAGCUCCAUCUAUGAGCAGCUCAGAAAUGGUCGGUUGGACGCCCUUGACUACCCUGGCGGUCGAUUCGCCCUGGGCCAUUACCAUCAUGCCUUGUCACAUCUCACUAGCAAGUCAAACAGUGAGUUCACGAUGCUGUUCUUGUGUAUUCUCUUCGUAUGCGUAGAGAUCCUGCAGAAGAAUGCAUCCGCCGCCAUCGAACAUUGCCGACAUGGCAUAUCAGUCUUGAAUAAUGCAACUAUGGCACCCUGGGUUCGUGAGAAGCUUACGCCUAUACUUGUCCGACUGAGCAUCUUCCCCUUCUUUUUUGGUCACACCAUCACCACGUUUCCUUCCCUAAGCGAUCUGGUGACGGGUACUACAGCUCCAUAUACCACACUCGAAGAUAGUCUCUUUGCUUUAGACCUCCUCCAGGCACGGUCCGUCCGGUUCAUACGCUCUAGCGACAUAUACAGGCGAGGAAUCAUGUACAGCAUCGAUUUACCCGAUGGUCUUUAUCAAGAACAGUUCGACAUACUUGCUGCGCUGAAUCAGUGGCUUCUCGACUUCUCCGUCUUUAGAGAAACGUACCCGCCUACUUGUCACGACGCUAAAGCCGCAUAUUUGGGAACACUCAUGAAAGGCCUUGUUUCCAAGAUAUGGGUGGGAUGCGCCCUUGACAAAACAGAAAUGGGUUUCGAUAGCCAACUGGCAUCCUUCAAGGCAGUCGUGGACGCUGCGGAAGAGAUUAUCUCAUUGCUCCCUCCUGCGGAAGUCCUGCACUCCAAGUCCAAGUUUACAUUUGGGAUGGGCUACAUGCCUCUCUUGUAUCUAGUGGUGAUCAAGUGCCGAGAUUUGGCUAUUCGAUGUAAAGCCUUUCACGCGAUGAUGAUUCUCGCAGCUUGCCAAGAAAAUCUAUGGGAUCUCUCGGCUAUAUCUGCGACCGGCCGACGCGUAAUACAACUGGAGCAUAGUAUCAGCCUUGAGAUGUUCGACGGUGGAGAGCUUCCCAACGCUCAUGCAUUUGUUCCUCCCGAUGAAAUGCGGAUCCGUGAUUCCAUUAUUACUAAACCGACAGAGACACAGGUUGAUACAUUUGGGGAGAGUCUAUUGUACAUCCGCGUUUCUUUCUUAUACAUACGUUUAGGAAAGUUCAAUUUUGUUGAUGAAUGGCUUGCAAUUGACCCAGGGCUUAAUUUCUCGGCCUAG